UUGGGGAGGAGGGGGAGGGGCUGGGACUAUUGCCCUUUAUAUUUAUACAAAUUAAGCCUCAAAUCAUGGAUAAAAUUGUUAUUUUUGUUGAUCAAGUCGUUGACAGUAAAGGAGAAACACUUAUAAAUGUUGGAAAUAAUACUGAAUUCUAUCGCGAUUACUUAGACUUGGCUAUAAAAGGAAGUUCUAAAAAUAUUCAAAAAAUCGCUAAGGCUGUGGAUGCUUUAAUUGAUGAUAAAAAAUAUUUUUAUUAUCUAAAUGGAAAAUGUAGAGAUAUUAAAUCUGAAGGAAAUUCAAUUGGUUUAAAAUUAAAAAAUUCUAAUACUACACUUAAUGUUUCUCGAAAAUAUAUAGCAGAGGAUGGUUCUGAAAAUAAAUGUAUACUUGGACUGGUAACUAGUGAAGAAAAACAAUUAGAAUUUUCAACACAACAUUUGAAUAAUUAUUGUGUUUUAUUUGAUACUUUUAUGAAUCAAAUAGCUUUUGCACCUAAGGUGGUAAAGCCGGAAGAUAUGGAAAUGAUUCUAUGUUAG